GAAACAUUGUUAAAUCAUGUUUUUGAGGACCUUCGGAAGCCGAAGGCCCCCAACAAUUAUAUUUGUAUAGACCAAUUUAAUACAGACACAGUUAAUCAAUCAUUAGUUUGACUUAUAGGCCAUAGACACCACACAUACAACAUGUUUAUCAAUUGUUACAUAAAUGAUAGGCAUAAAGUUUCAUUUUACUGAAAUGUGAUAUAUUGUUUAGCUCGUGAGAUGGCUCAUUAACAAAUUGAGCUAGCUGAUUAACGAACCAAACUAAGAUAUCAGCUUAACUCGUGAAAAAAUUAAAACGAGACAAACUGACUACGAAACGAGCGAGUCAAUGAGCUACAAGCAUUUCGUCUAACUCUAUUCUCAUUCACCUUCUCUUGUCACAUCCCCUGUCUAAGAAUGCGAAUUUGCUUUUCUUAAAAACUGAAACGAUUGAAACUGUUCUAUUUAGGCUGUCUCCAGUAAGACACUCUAUAACCUACUGUACGCUAAAUACAGUGAUCAAAACGUCUCCGAACGGUUGGCUAAAAUAGCGGACGGUACUCGUGGACCCUAUUGCCCACGGCCACCAGACCACCACGACGCUCUCAGCUUCACCUUCUCUUCAGUCUUGUCUGCUAGACUGUCGACAGAUUCCGCUCCAACGCGCACCUGCAGUCCCGCACGCCCUCGCCCACCGUCGCCUUUCAAAAAGCUGGAGGAUUCUCGAGAGGGAGAAGCGCGCCUGGCAGCUCCGUUCCAUCCGCCCCCACGAAUGUCCGACGAGGCCAGGCGCGGGCCCGCGGGCGCCGCGCAGGCGAUGCUCCGGGCCUCCUCCGAGGACCGCAAGCCGGUGGGCGCUGGGUCCCCGGCGGCGGUUGCGCACAAGAUCCAGCUCAAGAGCGCCGAUAUGAAGGAGGAGAUGCGGCAGGACGCCUUCGAAAUUGCCCGCAUCGCGUUCGAUAAGCACAGCAUGGAGAAGGACAUCGCUGAGUACAUAAAGAAGGAGUUCGACAAGAACCACGGCCCAACCUGGCACUGCAUCGUCGGCCGCAACUUCGAUUUGGAGGGACAUCAUUUGUGGGCUUCUUUCCUCCUCUAGCACUCAGGUGCUUCUGAAUGGCAUUCCAGGAGGACAUAUUGAACAUAGAAGAGGACUCCGACAAGGGGAUCCUCUCUCCCCCAUGCUCUUUAUUCUAGUUAUGGAUGUUCUUGGUCUACUAUUUUCUAGAGCUGAGCAUGCAUGUCUGCUCUUGGAUCUUUCCCCCAGAAAACCUCUGCAUCGGGUAUCUAUGUAUGCAGAUGAUGUGGCACUUUUCUUACACCCUUCGGUAGCGGAUAUUGCUAUAACUCUAGAUAUCUUACAUCUAUUUGGGGAAGCUUCAGGUCUCCGCAACAACAAUCAAAAGUCUAAUGUUUAUCCCAUUCAGUGUGGGGGUGUGGAGCUGGAAAUGGUUCAGGAUCUUCUCCCUUGUGGCAUCUCAACCUUUCCGUGUAAAUACCUGGGGCUGCCUUUGUCCCUGAAAAAUCUCACCAAGGAUCAGGUGCAGCCUAUUGUGGAUAGAAUUGCUGAUCAACUACCGGGCUGGAAAGCAGAUUUGAUGACAAGAGCAUGCCGUAAAGUGCAAGUUCAGCAUGUGCUUACCGGAAUGCUUAUUUAUCUUGCUAUGGCAGUAAAUAUUCCCCCUUGGGCUAUCAAGGCCAUUGACAAAAUUAGAAGAGGUUUCCUUUGGAGAGGGCGCAAAGAGGCCAGAGGUGGUCACUGCCUGGUGGCCUAGGGCAGAGUCUGUAGACCCCUACAGCUGGGCGGUCUUGGCAUUUCUAGUCUUAAAGAACUUAUCUGGGCCCUACACAUGAGAUGGCUUUGGCUCCAAAAGACUGAGCCUAACCGACCUUGGUGCAGCCUUCCUAUCCAGGUUCCAGAUAAAGCAAGGGCUUUCUUCUCGACGGUGUUGACUUCAAAGGUUGGUAAUGGGGCUGUUCUGGACUGAUAAAUGGAUUCAUGAGCAGAAAAUUGCAGAUUUGGUUCCUAGAUUAUUUGAUAUUAUUCCGAAAAAAAUCACUAACAGAAGGACAGUUCAGGAAGCAUUGACAGAUAGAAGAUGGAUUGCUGAUAUCACAGGAUCACUUUCGGUGGGAGUAUUAUUGGAUUAUCUUCAUCUUUGGAAUUUGAUUUCAGAAUUUGAGCUGCUGCCAGACAUAGAAGAUAAACAUAAUUUUAAUAUUGCUGCAAGUGGGACUUAUUCUGCUAAGGCUGCAUAUGAUGGGUUGUUCACCGGGUCUGUGCAUUUCGGUCACUAUGAAAGAGUUUGGAAAACUUGGGCCCCCUCUAAAUGCCACUUCUUCCUCUGGCUAACGGUGCUAAAUAGAUGUUGGACAGCAGAUAGGUUGGCAAAGAGAGGACUUGAUCAUCCGGAGAAAUGUCCACUUUGUGACCAAGAGUCCGAAACUUUGGAUCACAUUUUGGUUUCUUGUGUUUUUGCGAGAGAAUUCUGGUUCCGGCUGAUGUGCAAUUUCAGACUACACAAUCUGGCUCCUACACUUAGUACAAUGUCUUUUACGGGUUGGUGGGAGAUGAUUGACAAUGGCUCUGGAGAUACGAUUAUGAGGGGUGUCAACUCCCUUAUUGCCUUGGGGGCCUGGAUUAUUUGAAAUCAUCGGAAUCGAAUUGUCUUCGAUGGAAUCUCCCCUAGUGUUUCUGCAGCUCUUUGUCAGGUAAGGGAGGAACAACAGUUGUGGGAAAUGGCAGGAGCUAAGGGUCUCUCCUUUCUUGCCACAACCAUCCGGGGCACCUAGCUGCCUGUUUUAUCGCUGAAGGGCUGUAAUUGUUUAUCAGGAAUUGUUUGUUUUUGUUUUUUUCUUUUCUUUGGUUUUUUUAUCCCCUUAGGGGAUGUCUUUUGUACUGGGGUCUAUUUUGGACCCUCUUUUCCUUCUACUUAAUAUAAUGAUGCGCAGCUCUCCUGCGCUUUCGAGAAAAAAGACUGAAAUUUCUAAGAGAACAAUUUCUAGACUGAAAAAAUACUUUGAACAAUGAAACAAUCGUUUAUCUCUCUGUUUAUUGUUUUAAUGUGGGUCUAAGUUCUUAUGAGCAGAACUUUGCUGUCCAUGUUUGUAUAUUUUUUCUACCGAAUGUUCUAUUUUGGACUUACCGUAGUAAUCCCUUUUCUCUAAAUUUACUUUGAUUUUCUUAUUAUUUGUAUUUAUAAGGCAGCCUAUUUUAUGAUUGGAGGUCAUGUCAGACAUAUGUUAAGACUUUGAGAUCUGCGAAAUUCUGCCUGCUAUGCCAUGUCACAUGUAUUCAUAUUCUUCUAUAGGCAAUAUAUGUGUGUAUGUAUGUAGCAUUCAGUUGUUUAUAACUUGCUGAUUUUCUUUUCCAUCCUAGUUUCCUCUCAGUCAUGGUAACAUUUUUUUUAUUAUUGUAAAAGCAUGCCUAGAUACCUAGUAGGGCCUUCCACUGCAACUUGUAUGUCGUCAGGGGCGGAGCCAAUGGGGGCCCGGCAGGGGCCAUGGCCCCUCCCAAGGCUGUGACAUACAAGAGACUAUAUAUAGUCUAAAAUAUAUAUACUCUAAAUUUUAUGCACCACAAUUAAUCAAAGGUUUAAUAUAGUGGUUUAUUAUACAUGAUCCAUAACUAUGUUGUAGUAUAUCAAUCAAAGUCUAAAAGAGACAAAGAAUAUAAGAUAAAAUAUUUGUUGAAUGACCAAUCGAUGCAUGAAACGUCAAACUUAAUUUGCUUGCAGACGUUGAUAUCUGAACCUCAUCCUUUUAUGAUUCAUUCUAUCGUGUGGCAAGGCCACUGCCGAUUGCCGUUGACCACUUGACUUGCCUCUGCCAUAGCCCCACAACCAAAGUCCAAAGAAGAUGAUCACGCGAAGCAGUAGAAUGAGCUAGCAACUUAUAUACAUACUACAUUAGAUAUCAUGGAUAAUAAAAUCUACAAAUUUCAACUGAAGUUGUCACCUGAUAGUUGGCGUACACGACAAAUUUGACAUGUACCUGCGUAGGUUGAUGAAUUUUCAUGGAUCCCCGAGGCUAGUUGGAUUUUUGAAUUCUCUCAAAAUUUUGUUAGCCGUCUCAUGAAUACUAGAGUCAUUAUAUAAAAGUUGAAUCUCAUUAGUCGGAUAUUCAUCGUUAUAUCGUCUUUAUUUUUUGGUAUUGUUCUUGCAUCGCAACUUUAGUUCAAUAUAUCAAUUAGCUAAAAAAUAGACUCAUGGACUAAGAUAAAUAUAAAGAUCUAGAAUUCUUAUUGCA